CGUACUUGCUUUUACCCAUACACUGCAAAAGAGCCAAUGCUUGUUUUGUCGAAUUCGUGUGAAAAGCUGGAAGAAUUAUUAUUGAUUUUGUAAUUAUAACAAAAAAAUCUUCUCAAGUACGUGUUGAAGCUUCAUUGAAGGAGUCGUCUUCGGCGAAUGGAAGAAAUAGCUUCUUGUCUUUAACGAGCAAAUACGUCUUUACCUUUACGUUUCAUUUAAAAAUAUAUUAUACAAGAUUCUUUUAUCCUUUCGCAAAUACUAUAGUUGGAAAAGUUUUGGACUCUUUACAAAAUUGGUUUUCUAUAAUUUCGCGCUCUUUUAUUGACUGAUCCUCUUGCUGCUUCUUUGGACAAGGCAGUAGAUAUAACGGAAAGUCGAUUUAUCUUUAAACUUUAAUGAAUGUUCUCUUGUCUCUCUUUAUUGAAAUAUAGUCGUUCUUUUCGGUGCUACUUUCCUAGGAUGUUUCAGAGAGCUCAACAGAAAAACACUUUAGCUUAUUCCCAAGCAAAAGGAAACGCAAAUGUCAAUAGGGAUAUACAUAACUACUCUUCAGAUACUUUCCAACCUGCUGUUCAGGCUUCAGAAGCAGUUAACCUCCCUUCCCCCCAAACAACUGCUCCUUUGAAGAGAGAAUUUUCAAACACCAUUCUUCAGAACCUAGAUGAAAACGAUGCCUUUGAGUCUUCAGAUCCAGCGUUGCCAAUUUUCAGUCCUACUGACGUGCAGGAAAGAAAUACUCCUGAUACUCUACAUGGAGUUUACAUAGAUGAAAACGAUAUCGAUGACGAUUUUGCCGUUGAAUCUGAAAUUAACCAAAGAGCAAUUCCUUGGUCAUCAUCGCCCGUCGAGCAUACUAGGUUAACUGGAUCCAUGAUUGCAAAUGCUAACCGAUCUACUUCUACACUUCCUCGUCUGGUUGAAGAGGCCUCUGGAAGUCCCACAACUCAAAGGCCUUUGGCUCGUUCGCAAAAGAAUCCAAUCAAGCGAUCUCGCACUCUUCCAUGGGCUUUAGAUCCUUUUCGAUAUGGAGAUCCAACUCCUCCCAAAGAAGAAAGUAUCAAAAUGGAACCCGAAAAAGGUUAUGCAAAGAGUGAGUUUCAAAAAUCUUCAACCGGAGUCAGAAGUAUUUCACUUGAUAGCAUGCCCAAAUCUAGCACGGUAGCCCGAAAUGGACGUAUCACAAAAAAGGCGUCUGUUUCUACUACCGCUUCCAAAAUUCCUGUUGACUCUUCUUUGUUUAGGACUGCUUCAGAUCCUAAUCGGAAACGGUCUGUCCCCAGUAUUUUCCUUUCUGACGAACAAAAACGAAUUUUGGAUAUGGUCGUUGAGCAACAGCACAGCAUUUUUUUCACUGGUUCUGCUGGUACUGGUAAAUCUGUUCUUUUAAGGAAAAUCAUUGAAGCAUUAAAAAACAAACACCGAAAGCAAACAGACCGUGUCGCUGUUACUGCGUCUACGGGAUUAGCAGCAUGUAACAUUGGUGGUGUUACACUGCAUUCAUUUGCAGGUGCUGGGUUAGCAAGAGAAUCUGUAGAUUUUCUUGUAUCGAAAAUUAAGAAAAACAAAAAAAGCAUGACUCGUUGGCUUCGAACAAAAGUUCUCAUUAUUGAUGAAGUUUCUAUGGUUGAUGCAGAUCUUAUGGAUAAGUUAGAAGAAGUAGCUCGUGUAAUUCGCAAAGAUGCUAGACCUUUUGGAGGCAUACAGUUAGUUUUAACCGGAGAUUUUUUCCAGCUUCCACCUGUUCCCGAUUCAGGAAAAGAAGCAAAAUUUUCUUUUGAAUCUAAUACAUGGAAAACUGCUUUGGAUUAUACCAUUGGUUUAACCCAUGUUUUUCGACAAAAAGAUGAAGAGUUUGUCGGCAUGCUUAAUGAGCUACGUCUGGGAAGAUUAUCAGAAAACUCAGUUAGAAAGUUUAGGUAUUUAAGUAGAGAAAUCAACUAUGCAGAUGGACUUCUGCCGACAGAGCUAUUCCCAACUCGUCAUGAAGUCGAGCGGUCCAAUGGUAUGCGUAUGCAACAAAUCCAUCAAGACCCAUUAACCUUCACUGCUAUUGACAGCGGCACCGUUCGUGAUAAAGAAUUUCGAGACAAGUUGCUUCAGAAUUGUAUGGCACCUGCAAACCUUGUAUUAAAGAUAAAUGCACAGGUAAUGCUUAUAAAAAAUAUUGAUGACCAAUUGGUUAAUGGAUCUUUGGGAAAAGUUAUUGGGUUUAUCGAUGAAGAAACGUAUCAAAUGGAGAAGAAGGAUGCUGAAAUGCAAGGAAGAAAUCCUUUUGAAUACGAUACCUUAGAUGUACUUCCGUAUGAUCUGCCCGAUGUAAAGCAAAAAAAACAUAAGUUGCUGGCCAUGAAAAAAGCAUCAUCUAUAUCGACGAAAUGGCCUCUUGUACGCUUCAAACUUGCCAAUGGCGGCGAGAGAACCAUAGUGGUACAAAGAGAAACUUGGAACAUAGAGUUACCCAACGGUGAAAUUCAGGCAUCUAGGAGUCAAAUUCCUUUGAUAUUAGCAUAUGCCAUAUCUAUACACAAAGCACAGGGUCAAACCCUUGAUCGAGUUAAGGUAGACUUGGGUCGUGUAUUUGAAAAAGGACAGGCAUACGUUGCUCUUUCAAGAGCUACUUCUCAAAAAGGUCUGCAAAUACUUAACUUUUCUCCUUCUAAAGUUAUGGCUCAUCCGAAAGUUGUUCAAUUUUACAAGCAACUCGAUUCCGUCAAUGGUAUUCCUAUUCGGAAUGAAAACAAAGUCAAAACUGGUCCUUUUAAAUGAUGAAUUACUCUGUUGAGUGGUUUAAUACAGAUACGUUUCUUGUAAGACUGGCUAUUUAUAUUUAGACUUCGUAUCUUGUUCAAAGUACAUGUUUUGUGUGGGACUAAGAAGGUUCUUGGUGCACUUAUUUCACAUACUCUGUUGUUAAUUUUAUCUUUUUCUAAUUGUCGUUUUGCAAUUGAUCCUAAUAAUGCAAAUCAUUUAUUAUCUAAGUACGUUGUCAUGUAAUCUAAAGCAAUAAGAGAUAAAUGUUAUCUGACCCAUAGUAAAAUUUGCAUUUAUAAAUAGAAAAGGAAAGCCUUACU